AUGGCAUCUUGGGGAGUCAGCGAGAAAGGGGCUGAGCACGUGGAGAUUGGGAUGCGGUCUCCUGAGGACCUCAGUACCAGGCAGAAGGUGAGGCCUGCACCCUCGCUGCCUGACGGGGCCAUCUGUCCUAGCGAUGCUGAGUGGGGGGAGACCCGGGUGUACAUAGGCUUUAUCUGGCCGCAGAAGGGCACGCCCCGCGGGGGUAAGCGAGGAGGAGGGACUCGCAGUAGUCGGUGGAUUGUUGAUGGACUCCGUGGCCAGUGGACGUGGGUGAACCGGUUGACUGGUCUAUGUUUUGAGAAGGGCCGAGGCCGAUUGUGGGUGUUGCAGGGUGGCGUGACCUUUGAGGACAUUGCCGUGUACUUCUCCUGGAAGGAGUGGAGACUUCUGGAUGAGGCUCAGAGACGGCUGUACCACCAUGUGAUGCUGGAGAACUUUACACUUAUAUCCUCACUGGGUUGCUGCUGUGGAGCAGAGGCUGUGGAGGCACCCAUUGAACAGAGUGCUUCUGGAGGUGUGUCACAGACCAGGACGCCCAGAGUAGCUCUGACUUCCCAGAAGACCCACCCCUGUGAGAUGUGUGGUCCAGUCUUGAGAGACAUUUUCCAUUUGGCUGAGCAGCAGGGAAAAGAAAACAGCCAGAAACUGUUGAGGUGCGGAGCAUGUGGGAAACGAUUUUAUUUCAGUAUAAAGUUUGAACAGCAGCAGCACGUGGGAGAAACACUAUGCAGAAACGGUGUGGAUGGGGCCUGUGACGUGAAGAGCUGCGGAAUCCAUGAUUCAGGAAAGCCCUUUACCUGUAGGGAAGUUCGGAAGGACUUCCUGUCUGGCUCGAGACAUCUGCGGCAAGAGGCCACUGCGAGUGGGGAGAAGCCAAACACCAUCACACAGUACAGGGCAACUUCACAAAGCAGAAAAAGUCAUUAUCCUUGGGGAGAAUGCAAGAACGCCUUUAGUCCCAAACAUCCCCAUGUUCAGGACCAGGGUGUCCACCCUGGAAGACAGUGCUUUGUGUGUAGUGAAUGUGGGAAAACGUUCAGGUAUAAAUCGUUACUUGCUAUACAUCAGAGGUUCCAUACUGAAGAAAGAUACCAUGAGUUUGGCAAAUAUGGAAAAUACUCUAGGCAAAGAUCAACCCUGAGUGAACAUGGAAAGACUCAUAGUGGAUCCAGGCAAUACACGUGUAGUAAAUGUGGGAAAUCCUUAGGUCCCAAAACUGUCCUCAUUCAUCCCCAGAGAUGGCACAAUGGAGUAAAGAGUUAUGUGUGCAGUGAAUGUGAAAAAUCUUUUAGCUGUAACUCAGUGUUGAUUACUCAUAAUGUUCAACCUGAAGAAAGGUUUUAUAAGUGUCAUGCCUGUGGAAAAUCUUUUCCCUCUAUGUCUGCCCUCUGUUAUCAUCGGAGAUCUCACACGGGAGAAAGACCUUAUGAGUGCCGUGAAUGUGGGAAGUCUUUUACGAGUAAUUCUGUCCUCCGUUCUCACCAGAGACUUCAUACUGGAGAAAGGCAUUAUGAGUGCCGUGAAUGUGGGAAAUCUUUUAUCAGUAAUUCUGUCCUCCGUUCUCACCAAAGACUUCAUACUGGAGAAAGGCCUUAUGAAUGCCAUGAAUGUGGGAAAUCCUUUACUUUUAGUUCUACCCUCCGUUAUCACCAGAGAGUUCAUACUGGACAAAAGCCUUAUAAGUGCCGAGAAUGUGGGAAAUCUUUUAUUACUAGUAAUCAGUGCCGUUCUCACCAAACAGUUCACAGUGGAGAAAAGCCUCAUGAAUGCAGUGAAUGUGGCAAAUCCUUUCCCCGAAAAUAUAGCCUUGUUGAACACAAAAAGAUUCACUCACAAGAACGGCCUUAUGAGUGUAAGGAAUGUGGGAAAUCUUUUAUUACUAGUAGCCAAUGUCGUUCUCACCAGAGAGUUCAUACUGGAGAAAGGCCUUAUGAGUGCCAUGAAUGUGGGAAAUCUUACACAGUUAGUUCUGGCCUCCACGUUCACCAGAGAGUUCACACUGGAGAAAGACCUUAUGAAUGCCAUGAAUGUGGAAAGUCCUUUACCAGUAGUUCUAACCUACGUUAUCACCAGGCAGUUCACAGUGGAGAGAGGCCUUAUGAAUGCAGUGAAUGUGGCAAAUCCUUUUCCCGAAAAUAUAGCCUUGUUGAACACAGAAAGAUUCACUCACAAGAACGGCCUUAUGAGUGUAAUGAAUGUGGGAAAUCUUUUAUUACUAGUAGCCAAUAUCGUUCUCACCAAAGACUUCACACUGGAGAAAGGCCUUAUGAGUGCCAUGAAUGUGGGAAAUCUUUUACCAGUAAUUCUGCCCUCCGUUCUCACCAAAGACUUCACACUGGAGAAAGGCCUUAUGAGUGCCGUGACUGUGGGAAAUCUUACAUUGUUAGUUCUGCCCUCCGUGUUCACCAGAGAGUUCAUACUGGACAAAGGCCUUAUAAGUGCCGUGAAUGUGGGAAAUCUUACACUGUUAGUUCUGCCCUCCGUGUUCACCAGAGAAUUCAUACUGGACAGAAGCCUUACAAGUGCCGUGAAUGUGGGAAAUCUUUUGUCAGUAAUCCUGCUCUCCGUUAUCACCACAGAGUUCACACUGGAGAAAGGCCUUAUGUGUGUCAUGAAUGUGGGAAAUCUUUUACCAGUAAUUCUGCCCUCCGUUCUCACCAAAGACUUCACACUGGAGAAAGGCCUUAUGAGUGCCAUGACUGUGGGAAAUCUUACACUGUUAGUUCUGCCCUCCGUGUUCACCAGAGAGUUCAUACUGGACAAAGGCCUUAUAAGUGCCGUGAAUGUGGGAAAUCCUUUACCACUAAUUCUAUCCUACGUUAUCACCAGGCAGUUCACACUGGACAAAAGCCUUAUAAGUGCCAUGAAUGUGGGAAAUCUUUUAUCAGUAAUCCUGCUCUCCGUUAUCACCACAGAGUUCACACUGGACAAAAGCCCUAUGAAUGCCGUGAACGUGGGAAAUCUUUUACCAGUGAUUCUGCCCUACGUUAUCAGAGAGUUCUCAAUGGAAAAAGGCCUUAUGAAUGCAACGAAUGUGGGAAAUCUUUUGCUGGUAGUUCUCCUUUCCGUUAUCACCAGAGAUGUCAUACAGGAGAAAGGCCUUAUAAGUGCAGUGAAUGUGGGAAAUCUUUUACUGCUAGUUCUGCCUUCCGUUCUCACCAGAGAAUUCACACUGGAGAGAGGCCUUAUAAGUGCAGUGAAUGUGGGAAAUCUUUUACUGCUAAUUCUGCCCUCUAUUAUCACCGCAUACGUCAUACUGGACAAAAGCCUCAUCAGUGUCCUGAAUGUGGCAAAUCUUUUAUUUUUAGUUCUGCCCUCCGUUCUCACCAGAGAUGUCAUACAGGAGAAAGGCCUUAUAAGUGCAGUGAAUGUGGGAAAUCUUUUACUACUAGUUCUGCCUUCCGUUCUCACCAGAGAAUUCACACUGGAGAGAAGCCUUAUAAGUGCAGUGAAUGUGGGAAAUCUUUUGCUGCUAGUUCUGCCCUCUAUUCUCACCGUAUACGUCAUACUGGACAAAAGCCUCAUGAGUGCCCUGAGUGUGGGAAAUCUUUUACUUUUAGUUCUGCCCUCCGUUGUCACCAGAGACGUCAUACAGGAGAAAGGCCUUAUAAGUGCAGUGAAUGUGAGAAAUCUUUUAUUGCUAGUUCUGCCCUCCGUAUUCAUCAGAGAGUUCACACUGGACAAAACUGUUCUAAGUGCAAUGAAUGUGGGAAAUCUUUUCUCACAAGUACCCGCCUUCGAGCUCACCAGAGCGUCCACAGUGGAGAGAGACCUUACCAAUGCAGUCAAUGUGGCAAAUCCUUUCCCCGAAAAGAUACCCUCGUUGUUCAUCAAAAGGUUCACUCAGGUGAACGGCCUUAUGAGUGUAAUGAAUGUGGGAAAUCAUUUACUUUUAGUUCUGCCCUCCGUACUCACCAGAGAGUUCACACUGGAGAAAGGCCUUAUGAGUGCCGUGAAUGUGGGAAAUCAUUUAUAUGUAGUUCUUCUCUCCGUUCUCACCAGAGACUUCACACUGGAGAAAAGCCUUAUGAAUGCCAUGAAUGUGGAAAAUCAUUCACUGGUAAUUCUUCCCUCCGUUCUCACCAGAGACUUCACACUGGAGAAAGGCCUUAUGAGUGCCGUGAAUGUGGGAAAUCAUAUAUGAGUAGUAAUGGUUUUAAAUAUCAUAACAAUCUUCACACUGCAGGAAGGAUUUAAAAUAGGACAGAAUGUGAUACUUCUUACUUAGUAUAGUUUAGGCUGGAGGACAACCUCUGUGAGGCAAUUACCUACCUGUACUGAACUUGGUUCACCUCAAUGCUAUGGAGUGACUUCUGAUGUGUUCCAGUUGGGAAAAAUUCAGAACCUGUGUUGUACUUUCUGAUAUGCAUGCAGUCAUUACAAAAUUAAAGUCACUGUCAGUUCCUGUGGCAGAUGUCCUUUCACCUCUGCCACCUGGCAUUUCCUGAUAAUGUGCAUAGGUCAACACCCCAACAUGUUUAAUGCUGACUUUGCCUUUUCAUUUGCUGAUGUAAAUUAUGGGUAAUUAGAACUCAUUCCCUUCUAAGUUAGGGCAUGGAUGUGACCCAGUGUUGAUCUAGUGUGUGAUCUGAGUUCUGGGUGGUAACUUGCAUAGGAAGACAAAAUCCCAUAGGGAUGUUGUUGAUCUCAUGAUGCUUUGGUAAGUAUUUGCAGCUUCCAAGUCACCACACGGGGAUUGUGUUCCACAUGUUUUUCUGAUGUAUAUAUUAGUAAAUGCCAUCUUUGUUUAAUUACCUUUAGUCUUUGACAUUGUAUGUACUCUAGGGGUGGUUUGAAAGCCGGAUUGGGGAAAUAAAUAAAUAAAUAGCAAGCAAGCAGGAUUGGGCUCUCCCAACAUAAAGGAAUGAACAGAUUGCAUUGCAUCCCAACCUGGAUGUGUCUCUAAGAGGAUAAUUGCAAAUAAAUCAAUAAUAUGUACAUAGAUAUAUCCAUAAAUACACUAGCUUGUUUGUUAAUUUGCAUUAUAACCCAAACUUUUCUGAUAGGCUGAAUUCUGUACCUAAAAUUCAUAUUUUGAAGUAAUCCCCAGUACCUCACAAUUUCACUAUAGUUAGACAUAGCACCUUUAAAGAAAUGAUGAAGUUAAGAUGGGUUAUUAGGAUGGACUCUCAGGCAGUAUGGAUGGUUUCAUGAUAAGAGAUGAGUGUAUGGGAACAUAUGGAUGACCACCUGAAGACAGGGAAUCUCCAUCUACCAGCCAAGGAGAGGCCUCAGAAGAAACUAACCCUGCUGAUGACACUUUAUGUCUGAUUUCUAGACUCCAGAUUUGUGGGAAAAUUAAUUUCUCUUGUCUAAUCACCCAGUGUGCGGUACUGGUACAUCAGUUUUAGCUAAUACAUCCUCCUAGGGGCCACAUUUGGGUUUUGUGUUCUAGAUGCCAGGAAGUUUUGCGUGUUCACAGGUCACCCUGAAGAGGGAGCAGCUGAGACCAUCUCCAGUGCUUAUGGAGACCAUGUGAAUAUUUUGCUUGCCCACAGCUGAUACCACAUAGUGCCCUGCACUGUUGAGUGGAAUCUCUACCUCAGAUCCUUCAGAGGAGCCAUGUGACCUGAUGUACAGUAUUCACUUGUGACACCACAGGGGAAAGGGAACUGUAAGUGGUCCUCUAGAUGACUGCAUAAUUAGGUAAUUAGAGGAGAUAUCAGGCCCCUAAUGGAAGGUAUGUAUUUUUUUUUUCUUUUAGUUUUAGGAUUUUAUUUACCCAUGAGAGACAUAGGCAGUAGGAGAAGCAGGCUCCCCAGAGGGACCCUCGGAUCACGACCUGAGCCAAAGGCAGACACUCAACCACUGAGUCACCCAGGUGUCCCAGAAUAUGUCUUAUAAAAGUGUAUCCACAAAUACUGUAGUGGCUGAGUGGGCAGGAUCAGUGUUCACAAAUUCUCCACUUUCAGAUACAUAUCCUGUGUAACAGGUCAUUAUCAAAAUAAUCCAAGGUACCUGAUUUCUCAUUUCUUCUUUGGUGCUUGCUUAAUGUCAAGGAAAUUGUAGUGCAGGCAGAAAAAAGAUAAGGAACAGGGAGAAUUCAUAGGGAUGUAGCUCUUUUUUUUUUUUUUUUUUUUUUAGAUUUUAUUUAUUUAUUCAUGAGAGACAGGCAGAGGGAGAAGCAGGCUGCAUGCAGAAGCCUGAUGUGGGACUUGGUUCCAGGACUCCAAGAUCACACCCUGGGCCAAAGGCAGAUGCUAAACCACUGAGCCACCCAGGGAUCCCUGGGAUGUAGCUUUUGUGAUCCUGCCUAGACAGUAUUGUUGGUAUAUCAAACUGGCAGGCACCUCUUCUGAAACCUCUUCCCAAGUACACCCCAGUGUUUAAAGAAAAAAAAAAAAAAUCUUACUGGAUGUGGUGGUGCAGAGACCUACUCCUAGUGUUGUUUCUCAAAUUAUAUUUCUGUCCCAAAGACCUUGAAUUAACCAUUUCUAAUCAAGGUGGACUUCAGACUUUUUCAUUGGUCUGAAGGCUCAGGUGUUUUGCAAAGACGUUCCUUUCAACACUACUGUUUUCUUCUCUGGACAUACAGCACUAUUAAUUUCUUCAUGUGUAAAAAAAUAAAAAGUUUCUUUAUGUGUUUGGAGCA